AUGUCGGGUUCCCACAAUGACAUCGACGUGCUUCAAAGAUCUCCUAUAUUUGCAAGGCUUGUUGAGGAGGCUUACAACAUCAAUGGACAUGAUUAUUCCAUAGGUUAUUAUCUAGCAGAUGGCAUAUAUCCAUCAUGGGAAACUUUUGUGAAGACCAUUCCAGUGCCACGAGGUAAUAAGAAGAAAUAUUUUGCUAAGGCACAGGAAGCGUGUAGAAAGGAUGUUGAACAAGCAUUUGAGGUUCUACAAUCUCACUUUGCUACUGUUCGUGGGCCGGCUCGUUUGUGGGAUGAAGACACGCUUGGAGAUAUUAUGAUGGCUUGCACCAUAAGGCAUAGCAUGAUUGUUGAAGAUGAGAGAGAUUUGUACAUUGGAGAAUAUGAUUGCAACUACGAUGACAUGGGAGAAUGUGACAUUAAUGAAGCACUGGAACUUGAUGCUUUCAUGAAAAAUUACAAGAACAAGGAAACUCACACUCAGCUUCAGGUAGACUUGAUCGAGCACUUGUGA